AUGGAAAAUAACAUAGAAACAGAAAAAGAUGAUACACAUGAAUUUAAUUGCCAAGCUUACUUCAAGAAAUAUUUUGGGUCAGUCAUAAAAGAAGGAGAAGAUAAUGAAAUUAUAAAAAAGGUUACAUUCUUGAAAGAUAAUAUUAUGAUUAAAAAAAAUGAAUUAAAUAAAAAGAUAAAUGAUGAAACACAAAUUUUUAAAGAAAAAAUCAAACUUCUAAAAAUACAUAGCGACCAAAUUGUUAAUCAACUUUUUGAUAUGGACAUAAUAAAUAAAAAGAAACAAAAAAAAAAAAAAAAAAAAAUUAUGAACAAGUCAGGUAAAAAAGAUGAUAAAAAUUAUGCAUUUGAAAAAAUAAAUAAUAUGGAAGAUGAUGACAAUGAAAAGAAAGAAGAUAGAUUAGAAAAUGAUUUUGUUUCAUCAUCUUAUACUUUAAUAAAAAAGGAUGAGAAUAAAAAUAUUGAGCAGAAUGAUGUACAUAUGAUGUUAUAUAAAAAUAUGGAUAACAAAAUGAAUGAGCAGAGAUAUUAUUCAAGUGAUGUUUGUAGUGAGGAAGAAUUUUUUGAGGAAAAAGAAUUAUAUAAUAUGAAAUUUGAGAAUUUAUUAAAAAAAUGUAUUGAUGAGAAGAAAAGAUUAGAGAAUAUAAAGAGAGGAUUAAUAUUUUUAAAAAGUUAUCCAAUGAUAAAGAAUGAAAUAAAUGAAUUAUUUUUAAUAUCAAAUAAUAAUAUAAAAUUAAAUAUUGAAGAAAAAAUUAAGAAUAUUAAAUUAUUAUAUAAGCAUUUAAUAUAUAUAAAUGAAAAUGAGGAUAUAAUUGAUUAUAUUAAAAAUUCUUGUUGUCAUGAUAUAUCUUUAUAUACAAAUAAAUUCUUUAAUGAUUUUUUUCUUUUAUUAAAUGAUAUAUUAUCUAUAUAUAUUAUAGACAAUAUAGAUAUCCCUCUUAAUGACAUAUUAAAAAUAUUUGUAGAUUUAUAUGAGAUAUAUUUGAAUUUUCAAAACAAAAAAGAAAAUAAUACUUAUUCAUGUGAAUUCUUAAUAAAUGAAUUAAUAAAAAAAAUGGUUCAUUUUAUAACCAUAAAUUUUAGGAAGACUUUUUUUAAGUUUGUAAUAUCAGAUGAGCAUGUGUUAUUAUAUAACGCUAUAAUUAAUUAUUAUGAAUAUUUUAUUACAUUUAUAGAAGAAAGAAAUGAUAUCUUAAAAAAUAUAAUUGUAAAUAUAAUAUCUAUAGUAUAUAAUAUGGAGCACAAAAAUAUAGGAACACAUCAUGGGAUGGAUGUGAUAAAAGAGAAAAAAAUAAAAAAUAACAGCAACAUGAAUAUAAAUAUAAAUAUAAAAAUAAAAAAUACUGAUAAUAAUAAUAUUAAUUGUGAUGAUGAUUUUUAUUAUGAAAACAAAUCUGUUGUCGCUAGACAAACUGAGGAUAUAUUUAAUGAUGGGGAUUCAUAUAAUCAAACAUAUGAACAAGAAAAAAUAAAUCAGGAUGACAAUAAAAAUUUAGAAACAUACAACAAUGAUAAUGAACAUAUAGAUAAUAAUAAACAAAAUAGUAAAAAUAAUGAAUAUGCAUUAUAUGAUGGUCAUAGUGAUGAUAUAAAAGAAUAUCAUUCAAAUGUGAAUAGGAUCGAAAAAAAUUAUAAGAAUAAAAAAUAUGAAUGCAACUCAGAUGUGAGAGAUAAUUAUGUAGAUAUAUUUUUUAUAAACCUUUUUGUAGAGAGCAUACAUGUUGUUUGUAAUUAUAUAGAAGGUUCUGAGAUGAUAAUGAACAUAAUAAAUGAAUCAUCAGAUAUGAAUGAAAGGAAUAUUAUGCAGGAAAGGAAUGUAGAUGACAAUAUUAUUAAUGAUAAGAAUAUAAAUUAUAAAAAAAUAACAAAAAAAAAUUUUAUACAUAAUAUUAUGGAAUCACUAAAAGUUAGUUUACAAACUUUAUGUAAUAGUUCUUUUUUCAUUUCUAAAAAAAAAAUAUUUAGAAACGUUUUAAAAGAAUGUUCUUUUAUAAAUAAAAAUAUUAUUGAUGAAUAUUUAAUAAGUAUAAUAAAUUAUAUAUCUUUUGAUAUGAAUGUAUUUGAAAAUAUAAAUUUAAAAGUAAAUCAUUUUGAUCGUACAAAUUUUAUAACAGAAAAUAAAUUAUUUUUAUUUUUCUCAGACAUUCAAAAUGAUAUAAAGAAUAUUAUAGAAAAGAAAUAUAAUGAACUUAAUAAUAAGGAUAUAUUUCAUUCAUAUUUUUUUUCUUUUGUUCUUUAUUUUUCAUUUAUAUAUAAACAUGAUACAGAAUUUUUAUUAUUAUAUAUUAAUAUGUAUAAUAUAUUAUAUGAAAUAAUAUAUAAUAUAAAGGAAGAAAUAAAAAAAAAAAAAAAAUCAAAGCAACUCAAAAGUGUCGAUAAAAAUAAAACAUAUGAUGAUAUAAAUGACAAAUGUGAUGAUAAAAAUAAAAUAUAUGAUUAUAUAAAUGACAAAUGUGAUAAUAAUAAUUAUGCAUCUAUACAAAUGAAAGAAGAUUUUUAUAAGUCAAAUGAAGUGUGUGAGUAUAUCAAAAAUAUUAUAACAAUAUUUCUUAAAUCUUUAAACAUAUUGAAUAAUAUUAUAAAUAUAUAUGAAUCAUUUGGUAGUUACCUUUUUGAAAAAACUUAUGCUACAUACAAGUCUAAAAAUGUUUUUAAUAUUAUAUCAAAAUGUAUGAUCGAAAAAAAUGAAAAUAUUUUUAAUUAUCCAAAUAAGGUAGAUAAAAAUAUUUGUCAAUUACAUCAAUACUUUUUUAAAGAUACGUUUGCAAAAAAAAGUUUAAACAAUCAAGAAAAUAAAAAUAUGAAAGAAAAAAAUAAUCAGCAAGAUAUUAAUCAAGAAUAUAGCAAUCAUAUUACAGACAAUGAUAAGAAUAAAAUGAAUAAUAAUGAUAAUAUAAGUACAAAUAAAAAAAUUACAGAUAUUUUUUCUGAUUUGUCAUUAAACAUAGAAGAUAUAGAUACACAUGAAUGUGGAAAACAACUUUUAAAAUCUUCUUUAUGUAAAUUAAAUGAAAUUAAAAAUACAAUUGUGAAGAAUAUUAUUCACUUUAUAUUAAUACCAGUAUAUGAUUAUAUAAAUAAAUAUAUAAAUAGUUUUAUAUCCUAUUAUAAAAAUAAUCAAAUAAAAGAUAUAAAAGAAAAUAUAAACGUAAAUAAUAUAAAUAUAAAUAUAAAUGAACAAGAAAAUUAUAAUGAUCCAAAUGAACAAGAAAAUCAUAAUGAUCCAAAUGAAUAUAUUUGUUUUAUUGUAGAUACUAUUUUUGUUUAUAUGGAAAUAUUAUAUGAAUAUAAAUCUGAAGAUUUAUUAGAACAAAUUUUAUUACAUUUUGAAGAACACUAUGUUCUUUCUAUACAUAAUUUAAAAGAUAUCAAUACACAUAUACUUCUACAAAUACAAACAGAUUUACAAUAUCUAAUAAAUAUUUAUAAAAAGUUUAAAAAUAAAUAUUAUAAACAUUUCUUAAUGCUUUAUAUUUCGAUAUCCUUCUCUUUAACAUGUACUAAUGUUACAAACAUACAAAUCUCUUUUCAGAAUUAUAUAAAUGAAUACAUAACCAACAAAUGUAAUUCAACACUUUCUAAUUUUAAUAUCAAUAAUGAUGAUAUAUUAAAAGCUACAUCAUAUGUCAAACAAUUAAUGACAUAA